CAUGCUCCGUCGUGAUCAACUUCUCCCUCCUCCUCUUCUUCUUCUUUCACUACUACGACACACUCCUUUACUGUUGACCUGAAGGGAGAUCAUGAUCCCCAGCUCAACAACUUAAUCCCUGUUUCUUUCUCACCCACACCCCCAUUAUCGGACAUAAUUCGACUUACUGUUACAUAUCCGGUGUGCCCAGGAGCUGCACGCUUUGUUCCUCGUCCUGCCCGCUGCGGGCGACCGUGUCCACUAUAAAACUAUCGCACCAUGUCGACAGACUACAAUUAUGACGACAAGGGACAAUUUUUCCCGUUCUUCGUCCUCACCCUGACGAGUCUCGUCACUCUUCCUCUAACAUACAAUCUCCUCCGGCCGAGCAAGGGUCUGGAAAACACCGCCCCGCGGAUAAAGUCGGACUUCAAGCCCGAACAUGGCGAUCUCGUGGAGGCGCAGAAGCGCAAGCGUCUGCGCAAGGAACGUCGGAUCAAGCGCAUCGUCACCGUCGUGGUUGGCUACGCGGUCAUGGCGUGGAUGGCCUAUCUGAUCGUCGUCACUGCACGAACAGUACCCAAGAUCUGGGAUCCGUACGACAUUCUGGGUAUUUCGCGGAGCGCCGACGAGAAAGCGAUCUCUAGACACUACAAGCGUCUGUCGCUGGUCUACCACCCCGACAAGAUCCGCCCCGACCCGGCCAAGAAUGAGACGAUGGAGAUGCUCAACGAGCGCUUCGUCGAGCUCACCAAGGCCUACAAGGCGUUGACCGACGAGGAGGUCCGCAACAACUACAUCCAGUACGGCCACCCGGACGGCAAGCAGAGCAUGAGCAUCGGCAUUGCCCUCCCCACGUUCAUUGUCUCCGAGGGUAACUCCAAGUACACCCUGCUGGUCUACGGUGCUCUGCUUGGCGUGCUCCUCCCCUACAUCGUCGGCCGCUGGUGGUACGGCUCUCAGCGUUACACCAAGGAGCGCGUCCUCGUCGCAAGUGCUGGCAACAUCUUCCGGGAAUACAGAGACGACAUCACCGAUGGCGGGAUCAUCAAUGCGCUGUCCUCUGGCGACGAGUUCAUGGAAAUGCUGCAAGGACCUCGGUCCGAUGCUGGAUUGGCGAAGCUGGAGAAGAAGGUCUUGGCGGAAGAUUCCUCUUACCUGACUCCCGAGGACCGCGAGUUCAUCAAGGGACUUGACGAUUCGAGCCGACGGAAGGCGCUGGCAUUGCUUUGGGCCUACCUCGGCCGCGUUGACCUCGAAGACGCCACGCUCAACGGAGAAAAAUACGAAGCCGCUCCCAUCGCCCUCUCACUGAACGAGGCCUUCACGGCCAUUGCCCUCGCCUUUGGCAACCUCCGCCCGAUCCUCGGGUCCUUCCGCACAGCCCAGCACCUCAUCCAGGCCGUCGCGCCCGGCUCGUCCCCGCUCCUCCAACUGCCGCACUUCACGCCGGAACUCAUUCGGACGAUCGAAGGCGCCGACAGCAAGGAACACUUCAGCGUGCAAAAGUUCAUGUCCCUGCCCGAAGCUGAGCGCUACCGCCUCACGGUGGGCGCCGGUCUCCUGAGCGAGAAGCAGUACACGACGGCGAUCAACGUGGCGAAGCAGCUCCCGGUCCUAGAUGUGUCGCGGGCCUUCUUCAAGGUGAUGGGCGAGAAGGUGAUCACCCCAAGCAGCCUGGUACAACUGGUCGUGAAAGCGCGCUUCAUCCCGCCGGGAUCGACCAACGUGCCGACCCCAUCGCCCGCCGACCUCGAGGACAUCGACCCGGACGAGGACGACCUGGACGCAGUGAUGGGUCGCAAAUCCGCGCGCAGCAAGAAGACCAAGAUGGUCAACGGCCAGAAGGUCGUCGUCGAGGAGGCCAAGUCCGAACCGGUGCAGCCGCCGCUCGCGCACGCCCCUUACCUCGCCCGCGACCACUCGCCGCGCUGGCACGUCUUCCUGGCCGACGCCAAGCAGGGCAAGAUGGCCGUGCCGCCCUUCACCUUCACCACCUUCGACCAGCCGCUCUUCGACCCGGCCACCGGCCAGCCCACCUUCAACGUCCAGACCCUCAAAAUGCAGUUCCAAGCCCCGCCCCAGGUCGGCGACUUCACCUUCGUCAUGCACCUGCUCUGCGACAGCUACCUGGGUCUCGACACCAAACUGGAAAUCACCCUGCACAUCGACGACCCCGCCAAGGCCGCCGCCUUGGAUGAGGAGGACGAUAUCAGUGAGCCUGAUGAGGACUCAAUAGCCGGCCAAAUGCAAGCCCUGAAAACAGGCCAACCCCCCAAGAAGAAAACCAAGAAGUCCUCCGCCGCCGCUGACUCCAGCGAAGAAGAGGAGAGCGACACCGACGGCGACGCAGGCGAUACAAGCGACACGAACACGGAGACGGAUAUUGACGAUGAUGACGAUUGAAGUUGAUAAGGUGGAUAGUGAAUGGGUGUGGGAUAGAGGAAUCGUUGUGGGCGUGAGUCCCAUUGUUUGGUGGGCCCAGAAUGGGGGUUUCGCAUAGGGAAAUGAAACAAAGUAUAACCCCUCUUUCGCCCUCUCUCUCUCUCUCCGUGUAUGUGAACGACCAGAAGUAAAGAGAAAAAGAAAAAGAAAAGAGAAAGUCUAUGAUACCUUAACUUACCCUUUCCUUUGCUGGUUCUCUUGUCUUUGUUUUGUUUGAGAAAGUGGGAAAGGGGGAAAGGCGCGGAGGAGGGGGACCCGAUUCCCUUUUUUUUUUUUUUUUAUAUCUUUUUUAUUUCUCAUUUAGCUCCUACCAUAAAC